AUGGAUUUAACGCAACAAUCCGUGCUGUCGUUUCUCAUCCAGGAGGGGGGCAAGGUGAAGAAAUCCGAGCUGGUGAAAAGGUUCAAAGGUGCAAUAGACUGCGAUACAGAGGAGAAAGAGCGCAACAGGGACUUGUUCAAAAACUUGGUGAAUAACGUGGCUGUGGUUAAAGAAAUAGAUGGAGUGCGUUUUGUGGUCGUCAGGAAGAAAUAUGAGCCUUUGGUGGAGAGUUUCCAAGCGCAGGAGAAAACUAAGGACUCAAGUGAAGACGUGAAUGUCGUGCGUAAAGGUGAACCACAGCGCCUACCUGAGCAAAGCGAAGAAGAAAGCAAUGACAAUGAAUUACAAGAAGAAGGGGACUGUGAAAGUGCUAAAACUGAAAGCCCGAUUCAGAUGGCUUUACAAAGGUGCAAAUCUGACUUUAAGAUGAAAAGAGGCAUGACUUUUAACAUCCAAAGUGAGGAGAAAAGGCAACACAGUGCGCAAAGCAAGCCAUACGCGCUGCCUCUGAGAAUUCCCCCCAUAGACAUUCAUAAGAUCAAAGCAGAUGACCUAAACGGGCCUGGGUGCGUGAAGGGGGUCAAAUCAGCGGAUGCAAGCGCGACUGUGGGGUCCCCAGGUUGGAAAAAGUCACCAAAAAGCAGCAAAGUUUCUGCAGAGUUGAAAGAGAACCGCGGGCCGUCUGUGGUGCCGCUUGAGCAGACAGAGCACGAGUGGCUGGUGAAAUGCGCCUCUGGUCACUGGAGCCAAGUCCACGGGAUGCUCCUGAGGGACAGCCAGCUCGCAGAGAAGAAGGACUUUAUCUCAGGGUUCACUGCCUUGCACUGGGCUGUUAAAUUUGGAAACAGCGAGAUGUUGGUGAGGCUUUUUGAACUGUCCAAACGGGGGGGAGUGGAGUUGGACGUGAACGCCAAGACGCACGGGGGGUACACGCCGUUGCACAUCGCAGCGUUGCAUGAUCAAGAGUACAUUUUGGCCAUGCUGGUUGCAGAGUAUGGAGCUGAUGUUAAAAUACGUGAUAACUGUGGGAGGAGAGCGUACCACUACUUGCAUAAGGGCGUGUCCCAGACCAUCAGGGAGAUGAUGGGGGAGCCGAAAGCCACCAAUAAGGAGCUCAAAGUGGUCCCGUGCGAGAAAGAGGAGCAGGAUGUAUUCCCUGAACAUUCCAAAGGCCUGUACUCCUUAAGUAAAUUGUUUCAGCCCCAUUCGACUGGACAUAAGAGGAAGGCAAAGCGGAGGCCUUCGCUGCUCUCGCUCCAGGAUGAACCAGAGAUGGAGGGGCGAGAGGAGCAGGCCAGAUACAGGCUGAUGUCAGACGUGCUCAUGUGA